AUGUCACAGAAAGUCACAGUAUCGACGUGGUUGGUUCUGCCAUCCCAGGCGCACGCCGCGCAACCAGUGUGCCAAAUCAAUUUACAAGUUUUGCCCAUAGAAGCCCCGUCCACCUUAGAGAGCCCCUUCAACAAACAUGUAUGUCUGUCACUGCAUGCUCUCCCUAAUUCAGGACCUGCGCUAGAGACAGUGAUUGCUGCGACGAUCUUCGCUGUAAUUUACGAUCGUCUAAAGCUCAUGAAAGAUUCUGCAAUCACUAAUUUGUCGGUGACUUGUUCCUGGAGUAUGGUCAAUUUUCCCUGCUUUGUGAGCAAUAAAGGCGUUUUUGAAUUAUUUUGAAGACUGAAUAUCGAUCGAUGUGAGGAGUCCAGAUCUGUGCCGUGGCAUUC